AUGGAACACGAGGUUUCUUAUAACUUCGAGGACGAGGACCAGUUUUGGACCGCUCUCGAAGAGACAAUCUCCCGAGAAUGCACUACGCAUGAUAGCAUCGACGAUACAUUGCGAUCCUACAUAGAACUCAUUGGGUUCUGUCGGGGACGCUUUCUUCUCAGCGACAAUGAUCUCGUUCGCUGUGCCUUCAAGCUCCAAGAGUCGUCACUCUUCGCGACCCACGCCGACUAUAUCCGCCGACAAUUCGUUCAGUGUCUGAUCGAGGAUGACGAGCCAAACGUCGUGCUAGUAUCAACGUCCUUCCUCAUCACCCAUGCACAAUUGCACGAAAGGACAUACGAGCUAUUGAACGACGAAGGGGCAUUCCCAAGAUUGAUCCAUCUCAUUUCGAGUCCGAAGCGACAUGGCCACGAAGGAAUCCACAGACUGCUCAUGGAGCUGCUGUACGAGAUGUCGCGCAUACAAAAGAUUAAAACAGGUGACCUGGCGCUUGUCGAUGAUGACUUUGUCAAGAUGUUGUUUGAGAUUAUCGAACAGGUUUCGGACGACGUCAAUGACCCAUAUCACUAUCCCACCAUUCGAGUUUUGCUUGUGCUCAAUGAGCAGUUCAUGGUUGCUGCCCACGACCCGGCCAAUGGUCAGGCUGCGGUCCCUCUUACCAACAAGGUGAUCAAGGUCUUGUCUGCCCACGGCAGUGAGUACAAGACCUUUGGGGAGAACAUUAUCCUACUGCUAAACCGUGAAGGUAUUGUCUUCCAACGUGGCUACGAUGGCUCUUGUACACUGACGUUAGCAGAUGAAACCUCGUUGCAGCUUCUGACCCUCAAGUUGCUCUACCUCCUCUUCACGACUCCCCCCACUUAUGAGUACUUCUACACCAACGACCUGCGUGUCUUGGUUGAUAUAUUGGUUCGGAACCUCCUGGAUCUGCCUGAAGAGGCAUCGUCCUUACGCCAUACCUAUCUUCGAGUUCUAUAUCCACUUCUUGAACAUACCCAACUACAGUAUCCUCCACAUUAUAAGAGGGACGAAAUCCGCAAAUUAUUGGUUGUCUUGGGCGGAGGCAAUCUUGCAGAUCAAAACGGCUCCCAUGAGGGUUUGCAGCAUUGGGGCCAUUUUGACGAUGUUGACGAGACGACCAAACGGCUCGUCAAGCGAUGCGAAGGAGUCAGUUGGCUCAUUGAUCCGGAAACUGAGCCCCCGGUACAAGCAGAAUCUCCAAUUGAUGAAGGAGCCUCUGAUAUAUCAUCGCCAACCUCUCCGUCGAAAGCACUCCCACCGGCCCUUCCAGCACCUCGGAAAUUGAAGAAACGAAACUCGUCCAAAGGCUCCACAUUGACCAUUGGUCAGUAUCUCACCCCUCGACUCGAAGGAGCCCGACAAUCCAGUUUGAGUAUGAUGGAGGUUGCAGCGCAAAAAGAGAAACCAGGAGUUAUCACCCCAAGUAGGAACCCUGGACUGAAAAAUAAUCUUCGGGCAGUUAUAAUGCAAAAGAAGGAGAAACCUCCACCGCCUCAAGCCAGGAGAUCUGCCUUUACGCGUAUGAAGGCGGAAAGAAUGGAGAGCGAUGCCGAAAUUGCGAAGAUAGAGCUACCGAAAGCGGAGCCUGCGCCAAAGGUUGAGGCUGAAGCUCGUACUCAAUCCAACAACCAUCACCAUCGUCACCCACCUAUUCCCUUCCAUCACCACCAUCACCAUCAUAAGGACCAUGGUGUAGCCUCUUCAUCGGUGGCGGCGGAGGAGAAAGAUCAAGAAAAGGCUCAGCCGCCUCCUAUUCCCUCUCAUCAUAAAGGCCACCAUUUUGGCAAGAAGCCCCCACCUACGCCAAAAGCACGGCGCAGGCGUGGUAGGGAGGGUAGUGGUGAUAGCACAAGAGAACCAGGCAAAUUCAGCUCCAAUCUGCCGUCCAUUGUCACAACGACAGCAGCCGGCCAAAGAAUUGUGGAACAAUCCCCCUUCUCACCGGUGGAGAAGGCCUUCAGCCCCUCGGAGCCGGACUCCGCCUCAACAAUCGACAGUCGUAUGAAGCUCCCGGUCAGCGAGGCGCUAGAACAGGCACAAACAGCAGCCCUAGCACAGAUUGAGGAGUCAUUGGAGCACGUCGAGCUCAAAGAGGAGGUCCUGGGAGACCUGUCGGUAGCAGAGGGGAAGCCGGAGUCGCCUACAGUGAGAGAAGGUCAGCAGAACGAUGCUGCACCUAACAGCUCACAUGAUCUUCCCCGAGAGGAGGACCCGGUAGACAGGAAACAAGACCGACCAGGCAUGUCCCGCGCGCAUUCUCAGGAAGAGAUCGACCAGCAGUUUCACGAUGCUGUUCCCAAUCAGCCGCUCUCGCAAUCUCAAUCUCAAACACACUCUCCGACACCAUCCAUAUUUCUCACCCAAUCCCAAACAUUAUCUCCGUACCCGACUGCUGGAGGGACGACCACGCCUCCCGAACCAAAAACACCUUCCGUCACCAUUACCAUGGCCACUGGGACGGCAGGAGUCAAUACAAUGCAGCCGACUCAGACACAGCCACAGCAAAUGUCCAGGAUGGUCCUCACCCCGCCUGCGCAAGAGCCGUCUCGGGGAGUCCCGGGCCCACAGUAUGAAUUGGAAAGGAGCCCGUUCCUGACCGACGAGGAGGUCGAGGAAGAAGAGAUGGACCCCGUCGACGAAGAUGAACGCGAAAGCGAACGCGAACGGGAACGAUGA